AUGCUGAAGGAUAUUGCGUGCCAUUUCAACGACAGAGCGAUUGUGGAGACAGACUUCGUGUACUUGCCUCCAGAUGAGGAAGCGCACCUGGAGCCUGUUUAUAUGGGUAGUGGCAGGCCUAAUGUCUCGCUGUUUCCUAUAAAGCAGAUAGAUCUGCACAUUCGAAGCUCUCCAGGCUCACAAGAGACCUCGAAGGUUGUUAUACCUGAGAGUAGUCUCACGGAAUACACUACAGUGGAGAACUAUCUACAAUACGGACCACCUGCAGGGCAUGGGCCCGUGCUCCAACUUGCCAAACACUUGCUUACUUCUCUUCAAAAGCCACCUUAUGAUUUGGAUUAUCUUGUAACAACAGGAUCUGGGGACUCACUUACAAAACUGCUGUCCAUAUUCACGUCUCCUGGGGAUACGAUUUUAGUGGAGAACUAUUCUUAUACGCCGAUCUUUGGUCCAAUGGAGACUUUAGGAGUGCGUAAGAUCCCAUUCCCAGUUGUUAUGGCAUCCAAUGGACCUGUGAUCGAUAUUCCUUCAUUGGCAGAGAUCUUGGAUACAUGGGGAAAAGGCGUGUAUCGAGAUUUGAAGAUGCCAAAGGUCAUAUACACAGUGCCAACCCAGAAUCCCUUGGGACUUACGCAGCCUGUAUCCACGAUGAAUGCCUUGUACAAGAUUUGCCAAAAAUACGAUAUUAUCAUUCUUGAAGAUGAUCCAGACGGGUACAUUUCGUUUAAGCAUCUGGAAUCAUUUGAGAAUUACAAGGCUUCACUGAUGAGAUCUUCUUAUUUAAGUUUGGACAUUGACGGAAGGGUAUUCAGAAUGGAGACUUUCAGUAAGCUUUUCUGUCCAGGUAUCAGGCUGGGGUUCAUCGCUGGUCGUACAGAGGCCAUGGUAAAAUUGCUGGACUAUAGUAAAGUAUUUACUAAGACAGCAUCUGGAAUAUCUCAGGCUGUACUCAUGAAGACAGUUGACUUUUUUAAUGAUGGUGGCAACGAUGGUUACUUGAAAUGGUGUUACGAGGUCUCAAAGGAGUAUAAGCGGAGAAAGGACACGUGGUUCAGGACGAUAGCUAAUUUGAAGUCUGUCCAGUUGGGGCUGCUAACCCCAGUGGAACCAGAUGGUGGGAUGUUCUUUGUUUGUAAGAUCCCAUUUGUGCAAGAUUCAGCACAUUCCAUUCAAGUCGAAAUGGAAAAGUUCUAUUACAAAUGUCUGAAAGCAGGGGUGAUUGUUAUUCUGGGUAGAGAAAUGACAUGGGACAGUGGAUUGAAAGAUCAGGCAACGUUCAUAAGACUUACUGUUACGAAUUUGGCAAAUUUAAAAGCCUGUGAAGAAGCUCAAUGUCGUUCUCUAAGUGCCGUGAAGGAAGGCGAGCAGGAGCUUGUGAUCAAUAGAGUACCAGACCUGAGUAGGUACUCUAACCAGCAGCCCAGUGCUCCACAGUCGUACGGUAAUGACCAUUACAAUUCCAACAUGGCGGCUGCCAGUGCCCUUCGGACGUAUUCGUUGAACUCACAGUCUUAUGGCCCUCCUGCGACGAGUCGUCAGCAUGGUCGCUACAGCAGCACAGGGCGUACGAUGAGCCUCUCGUCGUAUAGGUCUGACUCGCUGUCAUCUCUCAAUAGCCGGGGGAGAUCGAUGAGAGGAUCAGUGAGACCUGAGAAGAUUGUGAUCAAGCGUACAGAGACGAAGGACGAGUAUGGCCGCACAACGUCGAUCACCACUGAAACUAUUCGGACGCUGGGGAGCUAUGACCUCGUUAAGAGGGAGACAGAAGACGUUCUCCAACCUCCUCCACAGAUAUACCAGAGCAAUGGCGAAAAUGAGUUGGACAGCAUACUGGAGGAGGAUGAGAGUACUGACAGUCGUGAACCCAGAACAACAAGGACCAAGAAGGCUACACAGAGGACUAUGAGUCCAGUCAGGAGUAUCUUAAAGAGUGGGGAUGGAAAGCGUCCUAGUAAUAAGGAAAAGAAAGUCAUUUUGGUUGGGGAUGACGAUGAAAUCAGCGAUGGUGGUAGCAUAUAUUCAGAUGCUUAUGACACCCUGCCGUCUAAGUUGAAAUCGUCUUCCAAGGCUGUGUCGAAAUCAGCGUUGAACGCUGCCUUGAAACAAACUGCUCCAUCGAAACCAGCUGCAAAGUCAAUGACAAGACCACAGGCCAAGUCAGUGAAUCCAUCAAGGAAAUCGAUAACGCAGAGUGGGAUGAGCCAAUCAAUAAACAGGUCCGAGCAACGUCAAAAACAACAAGGUCAACCACAGCAGCCACUGGAUCAACAACAGAUGUAUGAUAUUGCUUACAAAGUUGCUAUGGAGAAAGUCUACGGUGGUGAGAGGGAAUUCCCAGAACCACCAAAGGCUGGUGGUUUCAAGAGCUAUUCCUUGAGAGGUGACAACCCUAUGUCAAAGAAGGGUAGUGCUUCAUCUCAAAAACUGAGUCUUUCAAGAACUAACUCCAUCUCUUCAUUGACACAGAGGUUCUUACCUUCAAAGUCUAGCAAGAAAGAGAAGAGCGAAGUUGAAACACAUCGUUCAGAAGAUUCAUUUGAAGGGUUUGAAUCCACAAAUGUUCAAAACCUAGCCUCACCAGAGAGAGUUAUACCUAUUGACUCUACGCAGUCGAUAAACUCACAACAACUGGAUGUGGGCACAAAUGCAGCUCUAACCAAUGCAGCACUGACAGUGGAUACAUCAACAAGAGAAACCAAUGCUGAUUCACCGCAAUCAAGAAGAACAGAUUCUGUUUCUGAGAAUGCAGGACAGUCUCAUGAAGUUUCGGAACAUAAGAAUGCUAAGAAACAUAAGAAGAAGUCUAUUGCGUUGGCAACUUUCCAGAAGGCAUUUGGUCACCCAGGUUUGAAACAUAUGUACCCUGAACAUACAGAAACUCAUAUUACAAAACAGGAAGAAGUCAAAGUUCAAGAACCUGCCCUGAACACAAAUCGUGAAGCCAUUGUUGAGAGCUAUGCCCAUUCCCAAGAGCCUGCUGUGCAGGAGACUUUUGGAACGGUUGAGACUGAAGCCCACGAAAUACAGGAAGCUGUUGGAUCACAUAACUCCAAAGAAGAAGAAGAGGAGGAGGAGGAACAAAAAGAUGCCUCAUCUUCAGCCCAACGUACGCGUACUCGUGAACAAACAGGAUUUGCUCUCCAUACUAUGAGGGAUGUAAUACACAAGGAAAAUAAAGCUACAGAAGCACCAAAGAACUAUAACACUCAACUCCAUGGACAUUUUGAGACUAUUGAUGCUCCUGCCGCAAAGGAUGACCGAACUGAUGGGUCUACUCUCAUGGCCGAGAAUGGAAUCAGUGAAAGUGAUAUUCAUGAGUAUGGUAGCAGUGGGCCUGUUCAUGACACCCUGAAGAACCCAAUAGGACAAAGUGCCUAUACCACACAACCUACGAAUGCUGCAGAAUCUACAACGACCAAACCAAAAGCAGUCAAAGAGAAGAAGAAAUUAACAUUCAAGAGAUUGAUUUCCUUUAAGUUUUGA